UAAUUUCGCAUUUCGUAGUAGAAGCCGGUUUAUAUUUGACACAAGAAAUUCUAUACGAUGUUGUGUAAAAUAAAAUAAACCUGCAUUUUUACAAUAAAUUGUGGAUAAAAAUAUCAAGCGUUAACAUGAGGAAUCGAGGAGUCAUAUUUGGUUGUCUUGUACUAAUGUACAAUUUUUCAUUGGCAGUUUUUUCACCUUUAGAAAGGAGUGACAACUCAGCUUCGGCUGAAUAUGGUGGAGUUACAACUGAACAGCUUCUAGCUUAUUCCAAUCAAGACAACAAUUACAACCUUUUAUCCAACGACAUUCAUUCAAUUUUCUCACCUUCUUUGAAUGGUCUCGAAUGUGAUGCUUGUAAAUUUAUGACAGGGCUAGUACAAUCUCUAUUUCGUCUAAAUCAGACGCAUGAAUUCAUUGAAAAAGCUGCUGCGUUUUGGUGCGUCAAAUUAAAAAUUGAAGACACGCGUGUUUGUACUGGUAUCAUUCCUGAGUUUCAAAAUGAAGUCUUAUCUGUUUUUGAUGAUGUUGGUUUGUCUCCGAAGGAAGUUUGUGGAUAUAUUCUUGGCCCUACUUGUGCUCAAGUGAGGAGUUUAUAUCCAGACUGGAAUAUUAGUUUAACCACUGUUCCUAAACCUCCAGUUCAUCCGACACCAUUGCCUAAAACUGGUUCCCCAACAUUUAAAAUACUUCAUUUAUCUGAUGUUCAUAUUGACCAUCAGUAUGCAGAGAACACAAGCACAGAUUGUGGAGAGCCACUGUGUUGCAGAAAAUAUAAUGGUAAAGGCAAAGCUGGUUAUUGGGGAUCGUAUCAGUGCGAUAUUCCAAUGAGAACAUUUGAAGCUACACUUAAACAUAUCAACAAAAUUCAUCAGCAUAUUGAUUUUGUUUAUUGGACUGGGGAUGUACCUUCCCACAAUGUCUGGAACCAGUCAAGGGCUGAUCAGAUCCAAGCAAUGGAGUCUGCAGUUAAGAUGUUCAUAAAAUAUUUCCCAGACAUACCAGUUUAUCCAGCUAUGGGUAACCAUGAGAGCACUCCUGUUAACAGUUUCCCACCACCUUAUGUAAAGGGUCACAGUUCAAAUAAAUGGUUAUUGGAUAGUUUUGCCGAUUUCUGGUCAUUUUGGUUGCCUCAGGAAACAAAAGCUACAAUAAAAAGGGGAGGAUAUUACACUGUCUUGCAUUCAAAGGGUUUUAGAAUUAUUUCAUUAAAUGAUAAUUACUGCAACAAUGAAAACUGGUGGUUAUUGAUCAACAAUACAGAUCCAGCUGGUGAGCUUCAAUGGCUGAUCAAAGUAUUGCAAGCUGCUGAGGACAAUAAGGAAAAGGUUCAUAUCAUAGGUCACAUGCCUGUGGGUCGUUCAACCUGCCUGAAGCACUGGAGUUGGAACUACUACAAAAUUAUUGAUCGUUACGAGAGCAUCAUAAUGGGACAGUUCUUUGGACAUACACAUCAAGAUCAUUUUGAAUUAUAUUAUGAUCUGAAUAAUAUAACCCGAGCUACAAAUAUUGCCUAUAUUGGCCCAAGUUUAACCACAUAUCAAAAUCUGAACCCAGGAUAUCGUACAUACACAGCAGAUGGGAGCUACAAUGAAUCUACCUAUGCCAUCUUAGAUCACUCAACUUACUAUCUUGAUCUUGUUAGUACUACAAAAGAUAACAUGGUGUGGAAAUUUGAAUAUAGUGCUAAGGAAGCCUACAGCAUGAGCUCUCUACAGCCCGCUGCAUGGGAUGAUUUUGUCACUCGUUUGGGACAGAACUACACCCUCUUCCAGACCUAUUACAAAUACAAAUGGAAAUGCUCCCCCUAUGGUGCAACAUGCAAAACUAGAGCUUGCAUUGUGGGUGAGAUGUGUGACCUGCGAUCAGGUAGAUCACAUGAUGAUGACACCUUCUGUAGGAAUGUCACCAGGCCUGAGUAUAACAUGUGCUGACAGAUUAUCACCAUUAGGAUCACACAUUGGGUACAAACAAAUUCUUAUGAUGGAUGAUCUUGGGUGAUGAAAUAUUGGGAAUUGAACAGAACGUUAUAUAUAACCUUAUCAUCAUGCAUACGAAUUGUAUAUUAUAAUAUUUCUAUAAAGUUUCAGAUUUAUAAAAUCAGAAGUGCUUUAAAGAAUGGAAAGACAGACGUUUGAGAAACACAGUGGUCACAAGUCAAGGAUGUGACACAAUUAAACUGGUCUUAACAACCCCCCUCCCCCUUAAUUUACUCGAUCUUUUAGAUAAAAACCUGCUCUAAAUGGUGCAGCAAGACAUUUGUGUUUUAUGUUCAGAGUAUUUGACGAAUAUUUGAUGUCUAAAAAAACGUCAAGCUAUGUGCUGAGAGUUAUGUUGCAUCAUA